AUGAGCAAUAUGGAAAAGGUUUUGGCCACAACGCACGCGACGGUGAUGGCGUACGAUGAUGCAGUGCGCCGCUGGCUGCCGGCGGGAUCUGCAUGCCCCAAUGCCACCGCCAAAGUGCAGAUAUAUCAGCACAAACUGAACUACACCUUCCGUCUCUUCGGUCGCCGUCUGUGGGACCACGCAGUGGUACUGCUUGACGACGACAUGGGGGAUAAAUUGGAAUACACACAGACCACUCCCACCUUCCACCAAUGGCGCAGCUCGGCUAACCGGAAUGCUCUCCAGUUCGCUAAUAAAGACGACGCCGAGGCCUUCGCAAAGGCCAUAACCCGGGCCGUUGAAAUGCGCAAGGCCGCCAGCCAGAGUCGAGCGCAAAAAUCCAGUCCCUAUGGAAGCGAGGUCUCACCGAUCCCCCAGGCCGCAGGCGGCUCUAAGCCACAGCCGGGCACGCUGAAGAACAAAGUUUUGCUGGCCACGCCGUCUCCCUCCCCCGAGGCUGCACAUCGACGCAGUCAGGCAGACACCAUCUCGUCUGCUUCAUCAUCACCGCGCCUGGCAGCCACCGCGUCGACUCACGCGUCCCGAGCGACGGAGCACCAGUCAUCCCGUCGUCGUUAUUUGCUGGAAUCUCUCUCGCUGUAUUCGGCCACUCCCCGCUCCAGUAACCGCCAGCGCCGCGUCAUUCCAUCACCGGCGGUUCCGUAUUCCUCUUCCGAAUCCGAGGAUGACAAGGGCAGUGAUUCGACUUCCUCUGCCGAGGAUGGUGUGCCGAUUCGUCCGGCUGGCUCCAAGAUCAGAAAGCGAAGCGAGCGUUGUGCGGGAGUGCCGGUGGUGAAGAAAACCGUGAAGAUGAAAAGGGGGUCGCGUGAGGGUGUGGCACAGCGGUGGGAGCGCCGCUGGAAGCGCGAUGGUAAAAAGCUGUUCCUUUGCCCUUACUGCGGGGCACAGGGCCAGUCGGAGCUGGGAUGGACACGAGCGCAGCCGGAGUCGAGCGGGGAGUGUACCGGCGCGGUGCGCUGCCCCAUGUAG